CGGGGCGGCCCGAGGAAGCAGGGCCCGCCGCCCCGCGCAGGCCGGCACCCCGCGCGCGCGCGGCCGCCGCGGCCCCAUGCUGCUGCCCCUGGCCUGCCUACACGGCCGAGUGGCGCAGUGCCUCACCGCGCUCCUGGUGCUCGCAGAGCCGCCCCCGAGGCCCCGGCGCGGCGCGAGGGCGCACGGCGCGCCGCCCCCGCGCGCGGAGGCCGCCCUGCCCGCGAAGAUGGCCGCGGAGCUGUACGCGCCCGCCAGCGCCGCGGCCGCGGCCGCCGCCACCGCCACGGACAUCGCCAACAGCAAUGCCGCCGCCGCCGCCGCCGCCGCGGGCAGGAAGGGCCGGCCCAGCGCCCCGCUGCCCGCGCCGCCGCCGCCCGUGCCCGCGCCGCCGCCGCCCGACAACAACAACCCGGAGAGCCCCAACUGGCAGUCCUUCCACCCGACCCUGCGCGAGAGGAACGCGCUGAUGUUCAACAACGAGCUCAUGGCCGACGUGCACUUCGUCGUGGGGCCCCCGGGCGCGGCCCGGAGGGUGCCUGCCCACAAGUAUGUCUUGGCCGUGGGUAGCUCUGUCUUCUAUGCCAUGUUUUACGGGGACCUGGCAGAAGUCAAGUCAGAAAUCCACAUUCCCGACGUGGAACCUGCAGCUUUUCUGAUCUUGCUGAAGUACAUGUACAGCGACGAGAUUGACCUGGAAGCUGACACGGUGCUGGCCACCCUCUACGCUGCCAAGAAGUACAUCGUCCCCGCCUUAGCAAAAGCCUGUGUCAACUUUCUGGAGACGAGUCUGGAAGCCAAAAACGCCUGUGUCCUGCUGUCACAGAGCCGACUGUUCGAGGAGCCUGAGCUGACCCAGCGCUGCUGGGAGGUCAUCGACGCGCAGGCCGAGAUGGCCCUGAGGUCUGAAGGCUUCUGUGAGAUUGACUGGCAGACGCUGGAGAUCAUUGUCACGCGCGAGGCCCUCAACACCAAGGAGGCUGUGGUCUUCGAGGCCGUCCUGAGCUGGGCGGAGGCCGAGUGCAAGAGGCAGGGCCUGCCUGUCACCCCUCGCAACAAGAGGCACGUGCUGGGGCCAGCCCUCUACCUGGUCCGGAUUCCGACCAUGACCCUGGAGGAGUUUGCCAACGGCGCUGCCCAGUCAGACAUCCUGACGCUGGAGGAGACCCACAACAUCUUCCUGUGGUACACGGCGGCCAACAAGCCCCUCCUCGAGUUCCCCCUGACCAAGAGGAAGGGCCUCACGCCCCAGAGGUGCCACCGCUUCCAGUCCGCUGCCUACCGCAGCAACCAGUGGCGCUAUCGCGGGCGCUGCGACAGCAUCCAGUUUGCUGUGGACAGGAGAGUCUUUGUCGCCGGGCUGGGCUUGUACGGCUCUAGCUCUGGGAAAGCUGAGUACAGCGUGAAGAUCGAACUCAAGCGGCUGGGGGUGGUCCUGGCGCAGAACUUGACCAAGUUUGUCUCUGACGGCUCCAGCAACACCUUCUCAGUCUGGUUUGAGCACCCCGUGCAGGUGGAGCAGGACGCCUUCUACACGGCCAGCGCCGUCCUGGACGGCAGCGAGCUCAGCUACUUUGGGCAGGAGGGCCUGACGGAGGUGCAGUGCGGGAAGGUGGCCUUUCAGUUCCAGUGCUCCUCCGACAGCACCAACGGGACCGGCGUCCAGGGCGGGCAGAUCCCCGAGCUCAUCUUCUACGCCUGAGGCGCGGGGGCUGGCCGCGCGGUGAGGGGCGGGCCCUGUCUCUGCAGCCAGCCUGGGGCCGGGAGUGCAGCGAGGCAGGGGGCGCUCUGCUCUGGCUGGGCCGCCCUUGCGGCCGGCCUGUCUCCUGUGUGCGGUCUGCCGGGGGCCUGGGGUGUGACGGGGAUGCUCCCCUCCCCAGCCAGAGCCUUGCUCCCUGAGCCACGGCUGCAGGGCCGGCCUCACGGGCACCUCCCGUACAGUGGGGUGUGCAUCUCUGGGGGAGGGCGGGUUUGGGGGUGCAAGGCAGGCCCCAGGUUCCCCCCGAGUCGCCUCCCACCUGCUUUCAGGGCUCUGCUCUCUCUCCUGUCCUGUUGGGUUCUAUUCUAAGUGGUUCUAAGCUUAAGACCUUACCUUCAAAUCCAAAAUGGGAAAAGUCACUUCAAGUAGUUUACCUAUUUAAGUGGAUUUUCAUAAUAAAGUUUUAACAAAACGAG